UUGAAUACUUCACUUUUAUGAAUAAUCAAAAUAACUUAAUUUGGGCAUAAGGUAAAGAAAAUACUAAUAAACUAACAAUCUUUACAGCAGAACGAAAUAGUUUACAUUCGAGCUAACAAAUGUAAUUACUACUUUCACUUUGACUCAAUGAUGACAUACUACGUUUGUCGGUGUUUUUUCUCAAAUAAUAUUUUUUUGAAACAAUACAAUUUGCAUGUGACAUACAAGGAUGAAGAGCAGUUUAAGCAUGACUAUUUACAGAUAUUGAGAAAACGUGGUUGUAAUACAGAAGAAAAAAUCCGGGAAGCAUGUCGAGAGGAAGAGUACCUAGCAUCUGAAUUUUUAGCUCUAGUCCAGGCAUGUAAAGCUAAUAAAUCGGCGUCACUUGAGGAGAUCUUUGACAGAAUUAAAGUGGAAAAGGCCGAGAGAGUGUAUACCUUUCCUAUUUUUACGGAGGAGUUCUGCCGCCUGUUUGUUGAAGAACUAUCACACUUUGAAGAUAGCGAUUGUCCUAAAGGCAGGCCAAACACAAUGAAUAAAUACGGGGUGUUGCUGAAUGAGCUGGGGUUUGACGAGGACUUUCUGACGCCAUUGCGCGAGCACUACAUUGCCGCCAUCACCUCCCUGAUGUACCCUGACUGGGGAGGGGCUUUCCUGGACUCCCACAAAGCGUUCGUGGUCAAGUACAAACUAGGUCAAGACACGGACCUGAAUUAUCACUACGACAAUGCGGAGAUUACUUUGAAUGUGUCACUAGGGAAAACUUUCACUGGCGGCGAGUUGUACUUCGGUGACAUGUUCAGACCUCGUGAGACUUCCAACCAAAAUGCGAGAUUUACUGAGAUCUCGCACGUGCCAUCUAUAGCGCUGCUGCAUAGAGGACAACACAGACAUGGGGCCUCACCGAUAACUAGCGGGGAACGGUAUAACUUAAUAAUUUGGAUGCGAUCCUCGGCAGUUAGAAACGCGUGCUGUCCCAUGUGUUUUGAGGAACCAGAUCUAGUUCCGACUGUCGGAUUUGGGGACGGAUUUACAAAACAGACAGAAACAGUAGAUGUUUGUACUGUUUGAUUUGAUAUAAUAUGUUAAAGUAUGUAUCACACUCACAUCUAAUAUGUCUUUCAAUAUAGUAAAUGACUAAACGAUGUGUUUAACACAGGAAACGUCCUGAUUUUUAUUCCCUCGCUAUCAAUGCAAUGAUAUACAUGUACGAUGAACUUUUUUUCUGCUUCAGACUUAAACUUUGUAUAAUUAUGCCCGUCAUUUCCAACAUUAUUUGAUUGGUUUUUUUUUCAGUUGGAUGAUAUAUAUCGCUGAAACAGUUAUCUCUCCUGCAAACUAGAAUAUCCUUCUUUACCGGUCCUCGACAGCAAAGUCAAUAUUGCUCAAGGAAUCAUUGAAACUGUUUCAGUAUCAUGAAAAACAAUUUUUCAGAUUAAUUCAUUUUUAUUUAUUUAUUCAUCUUACCAAUUCAGAUUAUUUAAUUUUUAGAACAAUGAUAAAUAUAUGACCCAU